CGGCGGGAUGGGGAUAUCGGUCAUAGAUGAGGACGGAUCUAGUAAUUUAUUUGUGGUAUCUCCGAUUCUUCAUGGUGUGUAUUUCAUUGGCUUAUUGACAUUUUAAAGUUGACUUUGUGCCUACGUGGCGAGUCUAAUCGUAAUGUGUUUUGGAAUAACGCACAGUGCGACAUUUUAAUGAUGUUCUGUACCAUAUUUAAAUGUACAAUGAUUUUGUAAAGUGUCAUUAAACGCUGUAAAUUUACGUGUAAUACUAUCCAUGAUUAAUUCACUGUUGGGUAUUACAUCGGUGCGCGGAUAUCGUACUUGUGUCUGAUCAACAUCAUUUCAUUUGUGUUCCAAGGAGGUUCUGCUUCAUUUAGAGGUUAAUUAGCAAUUAUUGUUGUUUUUGGGUUAUUAUUUUUGUAACAUUUAUUGUCAUCAAGAUGAGCGCCUUGCAGCCUGUUAAAAUACUUAGUUACAAUGUCCAGGGACUUCCUUCCUUAUUGCUACCCAUUGCUGACUUGGAUAUCAGAAUGGACCACAUCGCAAACUUUAUAAGUUCAUUGUUCCAGAAGUACGAUGUUGACAUUAUGGUUCUCCAGGAGGUUUUUUCAUACAGUCUUUACAACAAGAUUAAGGAUGCCUUGCGUGGGAUUGCUGAAGACACAGGUAUAAUUUCCAGACCGGUUAGUAACUCUGUUCUUAUGUCAUGUCUUGACACUUUACUGUCAACGUUCUCCUUUAUCACAUCUGGCAUUGUCAUUUUCUCUCGCCACCCUAUUGUUUACAAGGAACGUUUGUUGUUCUCCAACGGCUUUAAUGCUGAGCGCUAUGCAGGUAAAGGCGCUGUUGCCGCCCGUAUUUCUGUCAACGGCAAUCUGUUGGAUGUUAUUGGCACCCAUUUGCAGUCGGACGAAGGGGAAGAUGCUCAAGAAAUCAGGAAUAAGCAACUGAUAGAGUUAGCUGAAUGGAUUGGCAUUAACCCAUUGGAGGAUGAGCGUGCAAUUGCUGAGCGCGAUUCUCUCCCCUAUGUUCCUAUGGUUCUCGCUGGUGAUCUUAACUGUUCACUUGAUAGUGAGACCGAGCGGUUUUCUGAUGUGGUAGCCGCUUUGAACGACAAGCUUGAGGACACUUUUGGAUACAAUCAGCCUGAGCCAACAUAUUCUACACUAACUAACGAUUUCUGUGCUUUUCAGAACAACCCCAAUGUAUUUAAUCACGUAUACGACUACAUUUUGAAGAACCAUGAAAGCACGUUGUUAGAGGCUCAGAGAGUGAUUAAAGACAAGCUAGAAACUGCUUUUGUUCUUCCCGUUUGCGAUGAAGAUGAUGAUGACUGUGUGGAUCCCGAGAUGUACAAUGUCAGUGACCAUUACCCUAUCAUUGCCACAAUUGGCAUAUAGUGGAAAUACACUCUAUGGUCACUAU